AUGCCCAUCCCUCCUCCUCCUCCGCCACCUCCUCCGGGGCCUCCCCCUCCCCCAACGUUUUCACAGGCUAAUACUGAGCCUCCUAAACUGAAUCGUGAUGAGCAGCGGGGACGAGGGGCUCUUCUCAAUGACAUCUGUAAAGGAGCAAAGCUGAAGAAGACCACUGCGGUCAGCGAUAGAAGUGCCCCUGUAAUAGAAAAACCUAAAGGUGCAGGAGGAGGGGGUUCUGGUUUUGGACCCACACCUGGUGGAGCGAUGCAGCCCAAAGGAGGCCUCUUCCAAGGGGGAGUACCUAAACUUCGGCCAGUAGGAGCCAAGGAUAGUCCUGAAGGUCCAUCUGGUCGGUCUCCUCUUCAGGGUUCCACAGCACGAUCAGCUGCUCCUCGCCCCCCAGUCUCUGGAGGUAGACCGCAAGAUGACUCCGACAGUGGCAGCAAUCGAUCCUCGCCACCAGACGUUGGCCGUGCACAUAGACCGUCCCUGCCUGACCUCACGCGACCCCCCAGUACGAGCAGUCCUGGCAUGAAGCACAGUUCUUCUGCUCCUCCACCACCUCCUCCAGGUCGCCGACAAACAGGACCUGCUCCUCCUCCUCCACAAGACGCCAAACCAUACAAUAGGGACAAGCCUUUACCGCCAACCCCAGGACAUCGAGCCCCUGCUGCGCCUCCAGUAAAGCCCCCACCCUCUCCUGUCAAUAUAUGCGAGCUCCUUCUUCCCAGGGACAGCCUCCUCCACCACCUUAUAGGCAGCCGCCUGCUUCUGUCAAUGGACCGCCCAGUCCAAUAAAUGACCAGGCACCAGAACUACCACAGAGGCAUAACUCGCUUCAUCGAAAACAGGCUCCUCCAGUGCGAAAUUUGGCUCCCCCACCUCCUCCUUCAGCCAACCUUUCUCCAGGUGGUAACAGGCCACCACCUCCAAAUAGGGAUCCUCCAGGGAGAGGACCAGCUCCUCCUCCGCCGCCACCUGUAGUUCGAAAUGGUGGUCGUGAUCCUCCCCCUCCUCCUCCUCCCUAUAGAAUGCAUGGUGGAAGCGAAGUCACUCAGAAUCGAGUCAAGCCUCCCCCACCUCCCUCUCGAACACCAUCUGCACCUCCUCCACCGCCUCCUCCUGUGAGGAAUGGACACCGUGACUCAAUAUCUGUUGGCAGGUCAUUUGCUGAUGACUUUGAGUCAAAAUACUCCUUCCAUUCAGUGGAUGAAUUUCCUGCUCCAGAAGACUAUAGACCCUUCCAGAAAAUCUACCCUAGUAAAACAAUCAGAGCAACCCGUGGUGCUCCUCCCCUGCCUCCCAUCCCGAGGUGA